AUGCCUGCAGAGAUGCCACCCGGCACCCACCCUCCAGGGGACCAGCCCGUUCCCCCGUCCUGGCCAAGCCUCUGCCGGGAGCUUGUGCCCCGUGGGCUCAGCCUGCAAGCUGCUGUCUUGGAGGAUGCAAGGAUCCUGGACUGUGCCCUCCUGCUUUGCGAGGACUUGAUGCUUCCUGACCUUGUCUGCCUUGCCCAGAGGCAGCUGGAGGGAGACCUCUGCACCGCAGCAGGUCCCUGGGGCCAGCCGGGUGCCUCCAGCCCCUGCAACACCCUCCCCGGAGCAGGGGGAGAGGGCAGAGACCCUCCUGUUUCAAAACGCAGCUUGUGCAAUGCUGACACGUGGAAUUCAUCAGGAACAGCUCACUACAUCUCGGCUGCCGGCUGGCUGAACGGGGAUCCCCAUCAGCGCAUCGCGCGCUGCUGGGCUGUAUCAGAACUGCCUGGGGCUGAAGUGUCAGCGGGCACUGGGGAAUACAGCCUCUCGCCGCUUUGCCAAGCCUGGGAUUUCAGGAUCAGUGGCUCUUAUCUCCAGAUCCGGAAAUACCACCUUCUGCCGGUGGCGCAUUUGGAAAAUUUUAGCGACCGCGGGUUUAAGCACAGGGAAGGGGAUGCCCUGACCCGCAGGGACUGGCUGCCACGCGGCAAAGCUGCUCCACUGCCGGCAUCUGUACCCGAUCCAGCCGUCGCCACGAUGCCCAUCACUCGGCGGCGUGACAUGAGAGGUCCCUGUGCCAGGGGGACGCUCUCUCCCGCACCCCCUAAAAUAGGCAGAGAGGAACGCUCCGUGGUCACCAUGGAGUCUGACCCCGCCGCUUUCUCCCAGCAGACCAGUCUCUGUCCUGGCGAAAUGGUUACUUCUCUUAGCUCGUUAUUUGGGGUCGGUGGUGGGUACCUCGUAGAUGGCUCCCAGAGGCUGCUGUUGUAUCGCCGACACCACAUGCGGAAACGCUGCGAGUGCCUCGGUACGGGGGCCUGCCCUGGGCGCGCCUCGGAGCCCGCGGUCACGCAGCCCGGUGCCACUGCUGGUCCCUGCCCUGAUGCCAUCUGGGGUGGGAUUGCGAUGCUGACACCGAGGGACGCCUCUUCCCAGGAUUUGCACAACUGUAAUGGAUUUGGACAUAGCAAAGAAGCCAGUUGCAAACGGGCAAACCUGCUGCGCAAGGACUUGGCCAGCACAACCUCCCUGAGGUCCGUGGAGUCGGAGGAAGGGAACCCUUCCCGCGUGGCAGAGCUGAGCGCCUCGACGGUGCUGCUGGGUGUGUGUGUAACUGUCCUCUCUUCUCUUCAGGACAGAGUCAUCAAUCUAGUUGUUGGCGGCUUAACGUCCGUGCUGCUUCUAGUCACUCUAAUCAGUGCUUUUGUCUUCCCGCAACUACCUCCAAAACCUGUGAAUAUAUUUUUUGCUUUCUGCAUCUCCUUGUGUUGCAUUUCUGCUGGCAUACUUAUCUACUGGUAUCGACAAGGAGACCUGGAACCUAAAUUUAGGAACCUAAUUUACUAUAUUUUAUUUUCUAUCGUCAUGUUAUGUAUAUGUGCCAACCUGUACUUCCAUGAAGUGGGCAAAUGAUGGACACUGGGAAUACCCAGCAAUGAUGCUACUGUGUCAGACUGCUUUCAGCUCAGCCCGAGACAUUUAAGUGAGGACAAUCAGCCUGAAAGAAGUGGGUUGUGCAAGGAUAAAUCAGUACAUGAUUUUCAUGUAAAUGUAUAUGUAAUGUCCCUCUUGUUGGGGAGAAUUAUUGCCAUAAGACGUGACAUUCUGCUUUUUUUGAAGAGCUACUGUUGCACUUAAUGAACAUCCCAGUUGUACUGAUGUUUCAGAAUGGCACAAGCUUUUUCAUUUUGGAAAAAAAUGCAUUUUUUUAUUACUGUACAAAUAAACUGCAGCAUUGCAAGGAUCUGUAGCAGUAUAAAUAAAUGGCAUCUUAC